AUGGAUGUGGGGUGGAGGGGGGGACGAAACGCAAAAGCCAUGCCGUAUAUCCGUGUUGUGUGGGAUCAAGCAUAUUGUGGAAGCUUUACAGCUGGUGAAUGGAAACAUUCUAAAAUGUUUAGCUUCGAGGGAGAUUUCAAGACAAGACCAAAGGUUUCAUUGGGAGGAGCAAGUAAAAAGGAGGAGAAAGCAUCUCUAUUGCAUCGCACUCAAGAAGAAAGAAGGAAGAGAGAGGAUGAAAGAAAAAGGUUGAAGAAUGCAAUUAUUAUCCAAUCUUUUAUACGUGGAUACCAAGAUCUAAAGCGACAAUAUGCUUUACAAAGAGCCUGCUUUGAUGAGUGUGUGAGCCAGACACAGGCGCCCGGGUCACAGAAUGUGUUAGACGCUUCAAGUCUUUGCCUCUUAUCAAGACGAUUAAUAUUUUUCUACAGACAGAGUGUGGAUGCUCACCGAUUGAUAUGGCUGGGGCACAGUUUGAUAAAACACAACAAUCAGUUUGUAAAACUGCUGCUGGGCCCACAUAAACAAACCUGUGUUUUUCAAAUUAAGAGAGUCCUUGCCUUGAGCUGCAAACUUCUCCAAAGUUGCGGCGACGACGGUUUAAAUGUCGCAAUACCCAUCCGAAUCCUUGAAAUCUUUGUUUCAGACAAGACUUAUCUUCCUGUUAUUCCAGAUGCUAACUAUGUAGCCUCAUUACUUGAGCAGAUUUUGCACUAUGUAGUUCAGAAAGGAUACUAUAGGUCUCUGUACACUCUUGCGAAUCAUAGACUCCCCAGCAGUCUGGAGUAUAGUGACACUCGCUCGAUCCCUCUGGCAAGCACACUUUUGGAGCACAUCAUAAAACCUCUGCACUUUACCUACUCCUCUUGCACAACAGACGCAAGGCAAUUUGUGUUUAUGGCCUUUACGGAGGAGUUUAUCUCUGCGGCAUUCACAGAACAGAUUUUUCACUACUUCAUCCCCGCACUGUCAGAUCCUCACGUUUCCUUCCCAUUUGAGGCCUUUCUUAGCUCUCUUAAGGCAACUAUAGACUCUUCAUCAUCUGCUCACAGUCAGGCACCAUGGAUUCUCUACUUUGUUCUAUCUGCGGGAGAAAACUGCUUAGGCUCCCUGUCAGAGGACGGUCUUCUCUUUUACUUACAAGCUCUGCGGUCACUUCUGCCUUUGUUGCCUGUGUCUGAGAGCAUCAACAGGCCUGAGCUGAACAGUGACACUGAAGAUGAAGAUGAUGCUGGCAUGCGUUUACCAUCCAAACAGGAUGACAGUCGGAUCUCUGUACAGCUCAUUACAGAAGAAUGUGUGCACAAGCUGGACACUAAGCAGCAGACGAAUGCUCUGCUCAACCUGGUGUGGAGGGACUCUGCCAGUGAGGAAGUUUUCACCAUGAUGGCCUCCAUUUGUCAUACACUGAUGGUCCAACAUCGUCUUAUGGUGCCCAAAGUCAGACUUCUGUAUAGUUUAGCCUUCACAGCUCGCUUCCUGAGACAUCUGUGGCACUUGAUCACUUCUAUGACAACCAAAAUGAUCACAGGCUCCAUGAUCCCAUUACUACAUCUACUGUCGAGGGGAUCUCCUAUGUCAUACGAAGACUCGAAUCGCAUCAUUCCCCUUUUCUAUCUCUUCAGUUCUCUCUUCAGCCACUCCCUGAUCUCAGUGCAUGACAGCGAGUUUUUUGGGCAUGAAUUGGAAGAUCCGACACAGUCCUCCAUGAUGCCCUUCACACUGUCUGAGCUUGUGACACUGUCUCGCUACCUCAGAGAUGCUUGUUUGGGAAUUAUCAAACUGGCAUAUCCUGAGACAAAGACGGAGCACCGUGAGGAGUACAUGGCAGCCUUUCGAAGUGUUGGUGUCAAAACCAAUGCAGAAGUUCAACAGAGGAUCCAGGCUGAACAAAAGAGCUGGGUGCAGCUUUUUAAGGUCAUCACUAACUUGGUGAAGAUGAUCAAAGCAAGAGAUAUCAGACGGCCAUUUUGUCCAGAGGGCCACUGGCUUUCUGAAGAGGGAAACAUUCGCGCUGAUAGGGUCACGCAGCUGUACGUGCCUUCUGCAAGAAAUGUCUGGAGAACGCGCCGCAUGGGUCGCAUUGGGCCCUUACAGUCCACGCUGGAUGUGGGUUUGGAGCCGCCUCAGCUGUCUGUGUCUGAAGAACGCCACCUGGCCAUCCUGACGGAGCUUCCUUUUGUGGUUCCUUUUGAGGAGAGAGUCAAGAUCUUCCAAAGGUUAAUCUUUGCAGACAAACGCGAUGUGCAGGGGGACGGACCGUUUCCAGAUGGCAUCAACGUUACCAUCAGACGCAACUACAUCUACGAAGACGCCUAUGAUAAACUCUCUCCGGAGAACGAGCCAGACUUGAAGAAGCGUAUCCGUGUUCACUUGCUAAAUGCUCACGGUCUGGACGAGGCCGGGAUCGACGGUGGAGGAAUCUUCCGAGAGUUUCUCAAUGAGCUGCUCAAGUCGGGCUUCAAUCCCAACCAAGGCUUCUUCAAGACUACCAACGAGGGGCUUCUUUACCCCAGCCCCACUGCGCAGAUGCUGGUCGGGGACUCCUUCACCCGACACUACUACUUUCUUGGCAGGAUUCUUGGGAAGGCCCUGUAUGAGAACAUGCUGGUGGAACUGCCCUUUGCCAGUUUCUUUCUGUCCAAACUUCUGGGGACGAGUGCCGAUGUGGACAUCCACCACCUGGCCUCUCUGGACCCAGAGAUGUACCGCAACCUCCUCUUCCUCAAGAGCUAUGAGGGCGACGUAGAGGAGCUUGGCCUCAACUUUACAAUAGUCAACAAUGAUUUGGGAGAAGCUCAGGUUGUUGAGCUGAAAACUGGAGGAAAAGACAUUCCUGUGACUACAGUCAAUCGCAUUUCCUACAUUCACCUGGUGGCGGACUACAGACUGAACAAGCAGAUCAGACCUCACUGUUUAGCGUUCAGACAAGGCAUCGCCAAUGUGGUCAACCUGGAAUGGCUGCGCAUGUUUGAUCAGCAGGAGAUGCAGGUGCUGAUCUCUGGAGCUCAUGUGCCCAUUUGUCUCGAUGAUUUGAAAACGUUCACCAAUUACUCAGGUGGUUACACGCCCACUCACCCCGUCAUCCAAACCUUCUGGGAAGUGGUGGAGAGUUUCACAGACGAAGAAAAACGAAAGCUGCUAAAGUUUGUAACGAGCUGCUCCAGACCCCCUCUGCUUGGAUUCAAGGAGCUGUAUCCGGCCUUCUGCAUCCACAACGGAGGAUCUGAUCUGGAACGUCUGCCCACUGCAAGUACCUGCAUGAACCUGCUCAAGCUCCCUGAAUUCUCCGACCAACACCUCAUGAGGAACAAGCUACUUUACGCAAUCGAGUCAUCUGCUGGCUUCGAGCUGAGCUGA